ACCAAAGUAAAGGGGGUAACUCCAUUAAUUUUUUCCCCAAUAGUUUGAGAGGGAAAAUUUUGGGAAAAAAAUUCACCCGCCAUAAACUCAUGGUACAAAGGGGCCCAUUCUCUUAUCCAACACUUUUGUUUUUACACUACUUUUUCAGCUAAUUUGUUUUUAGAAAGCUUUUUUUUAAUUUUUUUAACCCUUUGGUAGAGUCCAACUUAGACUCAAGUAGGUAGAGACCAAGAAUUUAUCCCUUACGUUCUACGAUCAACUCUUCCCUCCCAAAAGUUCCAAGAAGUCAACCAUUAUGCACAAAGUGGUGCUAUUCAAAAUCGAGUCUAUUUAGUUAGUUUUUUUUUAAAGACACAAGGCAAACAAACCCUUUUUUUUUUUUUAAUUUUUUUUUUAUUAUUUUUUUUAAUAAAAAAAAAAAAAAACCAAAAAAACCUUUGAAAAACUACCCUUUUCAUCAACUCAGUUAUUCAGCAUUUCAGCUGACUACCCAGAAAACUCAAACCUGUUUUACUCACUCCUUCAAAAACCUAGUACUCACUCCCAUUCAUAUAUAAAUUCACCCAAAAAAAAAAAAAAAAAAACUGCAAAAAUUGAGAAGCAGAAAACCCCCCCCAAAAAGGGUUUUUAAUUCAGUAACAAUCAAAUUGAGUUUUGUGGGUUUCCGUAACAUUCAAUUUCUGGGGUUUUUUUGGUUCUUCAAUUCGACUGCAAUUUCGAGUCCUGUGAAUUAUUUUUCAACCCAGUGUGUUAGGGUUCUUCUAUCGAUCAAUUUUGAUAAAGGUGAUCGUUUCCGAGUUGGUGUAUGGAGAUGGAUGAGGAAUUGAUCACUGCUUGCAAGGACAAGUUGUUACAAUUCCGGUUAAUAGAGCUAAAGGAUGUUCUUACUCAAGUAGGCCUUCCAAAGCAAGGGAGGAAGCAGGAUCUUGUGGACAGAAUUUUGGCCUUGCUUUAUGAUGAAGGCACUCCAGGUCUCUUCAAGAAUAAUGUCAAUGGGAAGGAAGGAUUGGUGGAAAUAAUUGAAGAUGCAUACAGAAAGAUGCAUGAAUCCGGAAGUAAUGGCUCAAGUGCAAAAAAACAAAAUUGUUCAGGUAGCAGCAGAACGCAACCUAAAGAGGAAGCUGAAGAUUUAAAUGAGUUAGAAAAGAAAAUUCGUUGUCCUUGUGGCAGUGAUGUUCCAGGAAGUGGUGCAUUGGUUCAGUGUGUGGAUCCAGAUUGCAAUGUAUGGCAACAUAGCAGCUGUGUGAUCAUUCCUGAGAAGGCAACAGAGAAGAUUUCCAUGCCUAUUCAGUUUUUAUGUGAAAUAUGUCGAGUGAAACGUGCCGAUCCCUUUUGGGCAACUAUGGCACAUCCUCUGUAUCCUGUCAAGCUAUCAUCUUCCACACUUCCUGUUGAUGGUACAAACCCACAUGUAACCGUGGAGAAGAACUUCAAAUUGACAAAGGCGGAUAGGGAAUUGUUGCAGAAGGCUGAAUAUGAUGUUCAGGCUUGGUGCAUGCUCUUUAAUGAUGGUGUUCCAUUUCGGAUGCAGUGGCCGCUAUAUGCUGAUCUGCAGGUUAAUGGUAUCCCUGUCAGGACUGUGAGUAGAGCUGUUUCACAGCAGUUAGGAGCUAAUGGACGUGAUGAUGGUGCAAAAAUUACAUUGUACAUUGUGGAAGGAGUUAAUAAGAUAUCCUUAUCUGGCGCUGAUGCCCGUACUUUUUGUUUUGGUGUCAAACUUGUGAGAAAGCGCACGCUUGAGCAGGUGCUAAGCAUAAUUCCCAAGGAAUCUGAUGGUGAAUCAUUUGUGGAUGCACUUGCUCGGGUUCAGCGUUGCAUUGGUGGUGGUAUUACGACUGGCAAUGACGACAGUGAUAGUGAUUUGGAGGUCAUUGCUGAUUCAAUCUCUGUUAAUCUCCGCUGUCCUAUGAGCGGCUCUAGAAUGAGGACUGCUGGAAGAUUCAGAGCUUGUGCACACAUGGGUUGCUUUGAUCUUGAAACUUUUGUGGGACUAAAUGAACGCUCUAGGAAGUGGCAAUGCCCUAUAUGUUUGAAGAACUACUGCCUUGAAGAUAUUAUUGUUGACCCUUUCUUCAAUCUUAUUCUAAAGAAGAUGCGAAGCUGUGGAGAAGAGUUAACUGAGAUUGACAUGAAGCCUGAUGGUUCUUGGCGAGUAAAGAAUGCCCGUGAAGUUGGGGAUCUUGCUCAGUGGCACGGCCCAGAUGGUUUGGUCCAGGUGUCCAACCUGUCACAAACUGCGAGGGAAUAUGUGUCAGAGUGCAAUACUUCAAAUCCAGGCAUGCCAAAUAAUGUUGCCAACUGGCAUGCUGUUGGACAAGGGAGUGACGAAGCUGAAAAUAUUGACCAGAAUAUUAUUACAAUGAGCAGCACUACCACAGGAGAUCUGAAAGAUGAUGGAGACCCGAGUAUCAAUCAAGAUGGUGUUUCUGAUAUGAAUGAACCCGAAGUUAGCUCAAGCCUGCCUAACUUUGGCCAAAUAUAUGAAUCCAAUGGCCAAAAUUGUAAUCUUCCUACUGCAUGUGCUGAUGUUAUUAUUCUCAGCGAUUCAGAAGAUGAUGAUGUUAGCCUGGUUUAUCCUGAAACUUUUCCUGUGGUUCAUGCAAAAAAUGAAGAAUACUCGAUUCCUGUGCCUGAAAAAGGUCUCAGCUCAUAUCCUGUUGGUUCUGAUGAGGGCCAUGGUAUUUUCAAUGUGAAUCCUGGUGAUUUUCUGAUUUCUCAGUCCCCUACACCCAAUAGUUUGCCAGGAGGUUCUGGAUUUGAUUUCUUUGGUACUUCUGGAGCUUUGCUAAAUGAGCACAAUCCUGCUGCCUACUCGGGACCUGUUAAUUGUGUGCUAGAUUCUGGCUCCACUAUGGAUCCUGUUCCCCAUGUGAUCGCCUCAUAUGAUCCCCACAACUCAUUUGACCAUCAAUUUGCCUCUGCUAAUGCAGACAUCCCUCUAGAAGUUAUCCUUCCAGAUCCAGUUGUUUCCGGAAAUGAGCUGCCAGUUUUAAAUAGCAGUCCUGGUGAGGAUUGGAUUUCUUUGAAAACAGGGGCUAAUGGAAAUGAGAGUUCCAGCAGCAAUGUGGAGGCUCAUCAGGAAUCUGCUUGCGAAAAUGGGCUGGAUUUGCAAAACCAGUUUAGGUUCAACGAAGAUUCUUUACUUCAAAGGACUCAUGGUGAAUCUGGAUGUGGAUCUGAUGUUGCUGCUGGUAGAAAAAGGUCUGAUGGUCCUUUCACAUUCCCUCGCCAGCAAAGAUCUCAAAGAAGACGGCCUUGUAUACAAACAUCUAAUAACCUCACAUCCAAUCAAUGUAAAUAGUAGUAGCACACUCAGACGUGUAAUAGACCUUCCAUGGGACCAUUGUGGGAGGCUAUUUAUUGAAUUGGCUUUCCAUUUCUA